AUGUCUCAGGCGAAUCUCCAGUGCGAAUGGGAUUGCCCAUGCGUCGGAGCUUCGACUGCCAGGACUACACGAAUCAUUGAAGGUUCACAUUUCUACCCAUUCCCAGCUCUGGUAUUCUCGAUAGCCCAGCUUGGCAUAAUGGGUUGGCAGAUGGCAGCGAUUAAAUAUGAGAAAGAUCGUGCAGCGAACACUCUCCUUCCCAACUAUAACACAUAUGGGAAGUACGAUAUCCCAUCCUACUAUGAGUCAUACUGGCAAAGUCCUGAGGAGCGCUAUUAUACCGGUUUGUUAGUCACCUAUCUUGAGAAUAUUUCCAUUUGUUUGCUCUUCGUUAUCGAUUUUCACUUGUCUGUUCACCUAUGA